AUGUUCAGCCAGGGCGGUACCAGCUCCUCGGAUCAUGUCUUGCAAGGACAGGGUCAAGGUAAUAAGCGACAACGAACAGCAGCCAUGUAUCACCGCAAACGUGCCGUGACAGCUUGCCAGUCUUGCCGAUUGAGGAAGACCAAAUGCGAUAAUGUUCGUCCGAUCUGUGGUUUCUGUUCUAGGAGCGGUGCCCAGUGUGUUUAUCCUGGGUCUGGCCCUGAUAGUGAUUACUCAAGCUAUGAUCCCGCCAGUUUGUCCAUUCUAGACCGACUCAACCAUGUUGUUUCUCUGCUUGAGUCGCGGCCUUCGGCAGUACUUUUGAAUGAACCAUACUCACAUAAUCUCCCAAUUGAAUCAUAUGGUUCACCAAGAAGCCAUGUCACCGCCAGUCAGCCAUUGCGUGUUGCUCCUAUACACGCAUCGAAUGACCCAACGACACAUGUACCCGAAGAUGAUAUCCUCCAGGUCCUUGACCGCCCUGAUUUCCCUUCAAUAUCUAACAAUUGUGAAAGUAUUAUGCGUUGGCCCUUCUUCCAAGGUCUGGCACCUGAAGUUCACUCCUUUGUUCUUGAAUCAGAUAUAUAUACAGAAGCAAUACCAGGUGCUGUCAGAGGCGUCCCCGGCGGAAAAGGCGUUCAGGAAGAGGAUUUCAUCUCUCUUUCAAAACGAUUUCUGGCAUAUGCGCAUGUCAAGAACCCAAUAUUAGAUGUCAAGGAGUAUAAGAAGAAGGUCAGAGAAGCAGCUGAGAAUGGACCAAGAUGGGAUGGCGCGUCUUGCCUAAUACUAAUAUCAUGCGCAAUUGCAUGUCUAUCGGUACCCUUUCACACGGAGGCAGAUAUCAACGGCUCUCCUGCCUCAACGCGCUCAUCGACAACCACUGUUAUAGACCCAGACACCGCUGCAUCAUACUAUCUGGCGGCAAAGAAACGGCUUGGACUGCUCCAGCCAUCACUCUUAUAUAUACAGUGCCUAUUUCUUUGUGGUAUAUAUGAGAUGUACUGCCUUCGUCCACUUCAGGCCUGGUUUCACUUCAAUCGGGCUUGCGUCGAUUUACGAAACAUCCUCUGGACUCGCAGUCAGAAGAAAUCGAAUCAGACAAUCUCGCAGGAAACCCGCCGACUGGAACAACGAUUGUAUUGGUCCUGUGUGAAAACAGAAUAUGAAUUGCGGUAUGAGAUACCGUUACCACCAAGCGGUAUCACGCAGUGUGACUAUCCAGACAUGUUUCCGUCACCACCAACAGAACUGACCUCUCCAUCGGCCUAUGACCGGGGUGACACAUUGGACGACGAUAUUGUUCCUGAAGAGGAGAAGAGUUGGUUCUAUUACUUGGCAGAGAUUUCUUAUAGAAGGAUGAUGAACCGAGCGAUGGCUGUAAUGGCCCGGAGCAGAGAGCAAGGUUGGACUGAUAAUAUCAGUGAAACUAUGGAGCAUUGCAAAGAGUUCAACGAACAAAUAGAUCUUUGGUAUUCUCACAUUCCACCUCAAAUCGAUCCCAAGAACGAGGCUCACGCCAACAAUGAGCUGGCACAAUUCCUGAAAAAUCGUGAACUGUCAUGCCGAGAAUGGAUACAUCGCCCUUUUAUCUUCUACAUCCUUCAUCAAUCGCCAAACGAUGAGCACUAUGAGCAAGUUAUGCCACUCGCGCAGAAAUGUCUAGAGCUGUGCGUGGAGCAUCUUUUCCGAACUUAUGGGCAUAAUCGGCAUCAUGGGACGUGGUAUAUUGCACGUUCCUGCGUGACCAAAGCUUUGAUCUUGCUGGCUGCGGCUAAGAGUGGUCGCAUACCGCUCCCUCCAGGCUGGAAAGAGGCAUUGGAGAUUGCGCGAUGGACAGUAAAUCGGUGGUCAGGUGAAGCUCCGGACCUUGAGUGGGCUCAGAAAAUGUUAGAGGACAUUCUGAGAGAUGUUGAAAAGCAUAUGUAA